GGACUUUGCAACAAAACUGGGACAUAUGAUAGAAAAGAGGGAAUAGCAUGACAGGUUCAAGGUCGUGGAUUCCAGGAGGAGACAUUUGGAGAAUACUGUUGAGGAGGUGCUAGAGCAGCUUAAAACAGAGGUGGUGGAAGACCAAGUGGAGAAUAUUGAAGCUAAAAUGGAAAUGGAUGAGCAGCCUCUAGAGAAGGACCAGGUCGAGCCACAAGUGGAGACAACUGGAGAGAAAUGUGAAGAAGAUCCUGAAGAGAAGAAUAAAUUUGAGGUGGUGGAGAAUGAAGCUGAGAAGACUGUAGAGACACCGGACGAGGAGGUGUUUGAGCCGACAGUCCCUAUGGUGAUACACUAUACAGUCCCAGAUACCUCUUUUGAGGACAUUUUGCAGAUAGCUCAUGAGGCUACUAGCGCUGCUAAUGCCGAGGAAGAAGACCCACCUACAGAUGUGGUGGAGUCG